AUGGUGUUCAUCUACGAGUACCCUGUGCUGCACCCUUUGCAGUGGGUUCACUUUGUCAUCACGCUGCUGACCUACUUCUGGACCAUCCUCUGCUUCAUCGGCAUCUAUGGAGUCCUCGUCUCCACGCUCCGUCGCGCCCCCGUUGAGAUCAGCGAGUAUCUCGGCAACCUCCGGCAGCAAUUAUGUGAGGAGCGUUGGGCAUUGAGGCAGCAGACGCGCGAGCUCCGGGCCAAGAUCGCCUCGGCGAGGGCAAAGGGCGAGCGAUACCGAGUCGGAGCAGACAUCGUCAACCACCAUCACCACUACAACCGGCACGACAGGAGGAGGAGAAGGAGCCGGAGGGGCGAGGGCGGCUACUGCAGCGACGAGGCUGACUGCUCCCCGUGCGGCUUGGAUGAUUGCUGUCCCGGGGAAGGGUCGUUGGAGCUGAUGAGGCUCACGCUCUCGGAGCACACGCUGACGCUGCACCACUCCAUCCUCAGGGACCUCUGGCGGCAGUUCAAGGACCUCGAGCGGCCGUUCCUCGUCGCCCCUGACGUGGUGGCCAAAGCCGUCAGGGACGAUGAUAGGUGGAGUGAGGAUGACUUUGUGGAAGUCAAGAUCAGGGCCGACAUCGAGGCGCACGGAGAGGCGGGGAGCUUCUCGGGAUGGACAGCGACUUAUAGCUGCACCUUUAUGCAGCGGAUUACUUGGUACCGGACCAAAGACAACGUUCGGCUGCUAAGCGACAAACUACAACGGCUCAUGCUGCAGCGGAUGGCCAGAGAGGUCAGCCACAUCCGGAUGAUGGUCAAAGGCCUCGUCCGCCACGACGCCGUAGAGGCCGGGUGCCCCAAGAAGCCCUGCGGCUGCGCCGGAGGCUGUACCCAUCAGGUGCAGCUCAAUGUGGAGCAAGUGCACUGCCCCAAACCCGCAAGCGAGGAGACCUGCAGUUCGAGCAGCAGCAGCGCUAACACGCGAGUGGAGACGAAAAAGGUCGAGGUGAAGAAGGUUGAAGUGAAAAAGGUCGAGGAGCGGAGGGACAAGAGCGUCGUGUCGGUGUGGAGGUUUCGCGAGGACGACCAGGUUCGCCAGACCUUGCAACGUCGCGUCUCGGAGCGCGCGACUCGUCCGCCCGAUGCGAGGAUCGGGCGGCAACGGAGACGGACUUCCUAUGUAGUGCAGCGUUCAUCCAGCGAGGGGGGCUUGAAGACGGUUCACGUUGACCGUGCAAAAGGCCGUGGGCAGAGUGCCAGUGUGAAAGAGUGCAAGAGUGCAAGAGUGCGCGAGCCGACACGCCAGGCCAAGGAGAGCAUGGGCAACAUGGCCGAAACGCCCGGCGGGAUCCAGGGAUAA